AUGGCAAGAAGACCACGAUCACGGCGCAGAGAGCGUAAGUCGAUUCCGGUGGGCAGGGCGUACAUCCAGUCCACUUUCAACAACACAAUAAUCACGAUCACGGACCCGCAGGGCAACCCGAUCGCCUGGGGCAGCUCGGGCACCGUCGGGUUCAGGGGAUCCCGGAAGUCCACGGCAUUUGCCGCCCAGCGCGCCGGAGAGGACGCUGCACGCAAGGGCAUGGAGCACGGGGUCAGACAGGUCGAAGCGUACGUGCGCGGUCCCGGUUCCGGUCGCGAAGCCGCGAUCCGUGCGUUGCAGGGUGCAGGAAUUCUGGUGACGUCCAUCAGGGACGUUACCCCCAUCCCGCACAAUGGAUGCAGGCCGCCGAAGCGGCGCAGAGUCUAG